AUGACAACGAAUGUCGGUAUUAUCCGAAAUAAUGAUUCAUAUUGGGAAGUUGACGAUUUUACUCGAAUCGGAAGAACACAGUUAUUGAACUAUUAUUUUCCAUUGAUCAUCAUAGCAUCAAUUGCCCUUCUUGAGCUUUACCAGUAUGCCCCAUCUCAUAGUGAAAAACUUGCUGAGCCCGAUAUAGUAAAUGAAUAUCUUUUUGGCCCACAAGGGGAGGGAGAAGAAGACUUUAGUGUCGAAAGGCUCUUACCACACUCAAGUAAUCAAACCGAUUACGUCGAUACCAAGAAGCAAGGGAAACUAUUGCAACUGAGACACUUUGACAUAAGAGAUAUAGAUGUCAAAAAAAUCGAUGAUAAAAACCGCGGUGGACUAACAUUUAAGGAACCCUCUACUCAUGACCAUUUGAGAAAGUUGUUCGAAAUUGUACUAGUUUCAUUGCAAAUAAUCGGUCUUCUCUUUUUAAGAAUAACAAAUAUCAGUACUGAAUUAACCGACAGAGACGUUUCAGUUUUACUUUUGCUCUGGUUGAUAUUACUUUCUCUAACAGCAUUGAGAGCUUACAAGCGUUCAAAGAACCUUUGGACCAUUAGCUUUAGUGCCUAUACAGCUUUAUGGCUUUCAAAUUGGUUCCCACUACGGUCAAUAUAUAUUGGCAAUAUCAAUGAUAUUCCCUCGCGAAUUUUCUACAUCUUUGAAUUUAUGGUAACGUCAAAUUUAGAGUUAGUACUGCUUACUUCACCGCUCAAAGACAGCUCACCCAGCAUCUAUGUAAGAGACGCGUUUAUGACUCCUUCGAGAGAACAUUCAUCCUCUAUUUUGAGUUUUAUCACUUGGAGUUGGGUUACUGAUUUCAUAUGGAAAGCCCAGAACAGCGCCAUCACAUUGAAGGAUAUUUGGGGCUUAUCGAUGGAAGAUUAUUGCAUUUUCAUCUUAAAAAGAUUCACCAAGGAUAGCAAUACUACCAACGGUUUGAUGGCACCCCUAUUCGAGUUUUUCAAAAGGUAUUUAAUCAUUGAAGUGAUAUUGAUUUCGGUGAACAGCAUAGUGAACCUUUUUCCAACGAUCCUACUGAAAAAACUUUUAGAAAUUGUGGAUAACCCAGAUCGUUCCUCAUCAUAUAUGAAUUUAGCAUGGCUCUAUAUUGUAGCUAUGUUCGUUUGUAGGAUAAUAGCAGCGAUUUCUAAUUCACAAGGUCAAUUUAUUUCUGAUAAGAAUUGUUUAAGGAUAAGAGCCAUCCUAAUCGGAGAAAUUUAUUCAAAGGGCUUACGCAAGAAGUUAUUUGCAUCACGCAAAACUAGCUACAAUAGAGAAAGUGUUUCCGAAAACCUCGGCACCGUUAUUAAUCUAAUCUCCAUAGAUUCAUUCAAUGUAUCCGAAGUUUCAAAUUACCUUUAUAUGACAGUACAAACCAUUAUUAUGAUAAUGAUUGUCGUAAGCCUACUUUUCAAGUUUCUAGGUGUUUCUGCCUUUGCAGGUAUCUCAAUAAUCUUGAUGAUGUUCCCUUUGAAUAUCAUGUUGGCCGACUUGUUGGGUAAGUUUCAAAAACUAGCCCUACAAUGCACCGAUCAAAGAAAUGCCAAAUUGAACGAGUGUUUACAAAACAUUAGAAUUGUCAAAUAUUUUGCGUGGGAGAAUAACAUUUGCAAUGCCAUUGGAUUAAUAAGGCAAAAAGAACUGUUAUACUUUUUCAAAAAAUCUUUACUAUGGUCUUUAUCUUCUUUUCUUUGGUUCAUGACGCCAACCUUAGUAACUGGUGUUACAUUUGCCAUAUAUAUAUUUGUUCAAAAACAAGAAUUAAAUGCCCCGCUUGCUUUUACUAUUUUGUCACUCUUCACUUUAUUGAAGACCCCUCUGGAUCAAUUAUCAAAUAUGUUAAGUUUCAUAAAUCAAUCGAAGGUUUCUUUAAGACGAAUCAUCAGUUUUUUAAACUUGGACGACACAGAGAAAUAUAAUCAGCUGACUAUAUCUCCAGAUAGAAAUAAAAUUGAGUUCAAAAAGGCAAAUUUAGUCUGGAAUGAAAAUGACAAUGACAUUAAUAAAUUCAAAUUAUGUGAUUUGAAUAUUAUAUUUUCAAUUGGCAAAUUGAACUUAGUCUUAGGUUCGACAGGUUCCGGUAAAAGCGCACUAUUGAUGAGUUUAUUGGGAGAGCUAGAUUUAGUCAGUGGCUUCAUAAUUAUUCCAGGGUUAGAACCAAGACAUGAUUUAAUCCCUGACCAUGAUGGGUUAACCAAUUCCUUCGCAUACUGUUCACAAAGUGCGUGGCUAGUAAGUGAUACAAUAAAAAACAAUAUCGUCUUUAAUGGUUCCUAUGACAAGAGUAGGUACAAAAAAGUAAUUGAUGCAUGUGGACUGAAUAGAGAUCUGAAUAUUUUACCUGCUGGUGAUUUAACUGAAAUUGGUGAAAAAGGCAUAACACUAUCAGGAGGUCAAAAACAGAGAAUUUCUUUGGCAAGAGCUGUUUAUUCCCAUGCCAAGCAUGUGUUGCUAGAUGAUUGCUUGAGUGCUGUCGAUUCCCACACUGCUGUAUGGAUAUAUGAAAAUUGUAUUACUGGUCAAUUGAUGAAAAAUAGAACAUGUAUUUUAGUUACGCACAAUGUUCCGCUUGCAAUUAGAAACGCACAUUUUGCAAUCAUAUUAGAGGACGGGAAAGUAAAGAAUCAAGGAACUAUCAAGGAGCUACAGAAGAAAGGGAUUUUUAAAGAGGAGAUUGCUCAAUUAUCUCAUCAGGAUACCAUAACCAAAAAAACGGUGAACAAUCUGGAUGAAAAUAACAUCCAAAGAAGCAAGUGCGUUAUAGACAACACGGAAUAUGACAUAAAUUUAGUUAAUGAUGGUCAGCUAAUAGAAGAAGAAGAAAAGUCUAGUGGUGCCAUAGGUCUUGAUGUUUAUAAGUGGUAUCUGAAAUUUUUUGGAGGUUAUAAGGCUUUAACAGCGUUCACUCUUUACAUCACAGCGCAAAUACUGUUCAUCAGUCAAUCUUGGUGGAUACGACACUGGGUGAAUCAUACCAACUUGCAUAUAGAAGCUUUUCAUUUCACAAUCGACAGACUAGCUUUAGAGGGAAUAAAAUCAAAAAGGGUGGACUCUUCGGAAAACCAAUAUACAGCGAUUUAUUAUUUGAGUUUAUAUUUCGUAAUUGGUAUUAUUCAAGCGCUAUUAGGGGGACUCAAAACUAUGGUAACUUUUUUGUCUGGCAUGCAAGCUUCCAAGAAGAUCUUCAACAGCAUGCUAGAUCUUGUUCUACAUGCCAAGAUAAGAUUUUUUGACGUGACGCCUGUUGGUAGGAUCAUGAAUCGUUUCUCAAAAGACAUUGAAGGUAUUGACCAAGAGCUAAUUCCAUAUUUGGAGGUUACGGUAUUUUGCCUAAUUCAAUGUUCGUCAAUUUUAUUGCUCAUUGUUGUAAUUACUCCUCGCUUUUUUUCUGUCGCAGUUAUAGUUUUCAUUUUAUAUUACUUUGUCGGGAAAUGGUAUUUAAAAGCAAGUAGAGAUUUGAAAAGAAUUGAUUCAAUAACAAAAUCUCCUAUUUUCCAACAUUUCUCAGAGACUUUGGUGGGCGUUUGCACUAUCCGUGCCUUUGGUGACGAGAAGAGAUUCAUUUUGGAGAAUAUGGAGAAAAUUGACCAGAAUAAUAAGGCCUUCUUUUACUUAUCAGUUGCUGUUAAAUGGUUUGCGUUUAGGGUGGACAUGAUUGGAGCAUUCAUUGUUUUAGGAUCAGGCUCUUUUAUCCUGUUCAAUAUUGACAAUAUUGACUCGGGUCUUGCCGGAAUUUCCCUGACAUAUGCGAUUCUAUUUACAGAUAGUGCGUUAUGGCUUGUUCAACUGUACUCAAGAUUUGAAAUGAACAUGAACUCUGUUGAAAGAUUAAAAGAAUACUCUAGCAUUGUGCAGGAAAAGUAUCUUGGCUAUGAUGAAGACCAUAUACAAGCUCUCAAUGACUCGUCGUGGCCAAAACAUGGUAAAAUUGAAGUGGAGAAUUUAUCUUUACGUUAUGCAUCAAACUUACCGCUUGUUUUAAAAAACGUUUGCUUCAAAGUAGAUCCUCAAAGUAAGGUCGGAAUUGUGGGAAGAACUGGCGCAGGCAAAUCUACCAUAAUUGCGGCAUUAUUCAGAUUAUUGGAACCAGUAACUGGAUGUAUCAAAAUAGAUGACCAGGACAUAAGUAAGAUUGAUCUGAUUACUUUACGUCGCUCCAUUACAAUCAUUCCCCAGGACCCUGUUUUAUUUGCUGGUACAAUUAAAAGUAAUAUUGACCCACAUGACGAAUAUGAUGAAAGAAGAAUAUUCAAAGUGCUUUUGCAAGUAAACUUGAUCUCUUCGCUUGAAUUUAAACAAGUAUUCAACUUGAAAGAAAACUUCAAUAUUCAUAAUAAAUUCUUGAACCUCCAAUCAGAAAUAGUUGAAGGAGGCUUAAACCUCUCUCAAGGUGAAAGGCAGUUGCUAUUCAUAGCACGAUCAUUAUUGCGAGAAUCCAAAAUUAUUCUUUUAGAUGAGGCUACUUCGUCUAUUGAUUACGACUCUGACCAUCUAAUCCAGAGUAUUAUAAGAAGCAAGUUUAAUAAGAGCACAAUCCUCACUAUAGCACAUCGCUUGAGAUCGGUUAUCUAUUACGAUAAAAUACUUGUGAUGGAUGCCGGUGAGAUAAAAGAGUACGGACAUCCCUAUGAACUGCUCAAAAAUGAGCGAAGUACAUUUUAUAGAAUGUGUCGCGAUAGUGGAGAUCUGGAACUUUUGAAGCAAGUAGCCCGGCAAUAA